CAGGGGGGAGUGGGGCGCUGGGGAUGGAAAGUCUUGCUGGAUGCUUUGUUUUAAAGUGACCUUUAGCACCUGAACAGCAUCAGGCUGGUUUUAAUAAGGAGCUGACAGAAGAAAAACAGUUAAUGAAGUCUUCCUCUGCUGGCCCUUCCUCUGCCUCCUGCCCCAGCCCGAUGAUCAUGGAACCAUGCAAGGCCCUGUGCAAACCAAGCAAAGCGUACAGAUGCUGUGCAAGCCAUGCAAACACUGUGCAAAUGCUGUGCAAAGGCUGUUCAAGCACCACAUGAAUUGUGCAAACCCCCCGCAAGGUGCCAUGCAAGGUGUGCAAAUGGCCUUGGGCCAGGCCAUCCCACACCAUGGGGGACAGGGACCUCUCAGGACAUUGUCACAGGAGCUGCCUCUGUUGCUUUGUGCUAUGUGUACAUACAGGGCAAUUCCGCUGGUUGGCAUUAGAAACCCGCUUGCGAUACUGUGACGAAGCACCUGUAAAAUUACAGCAAAAAGAAAUCCGAGAGGCUGUAGUGACAAAUGCUUGUGAGAAGCGAUUGUUUGGGAGGGGGGGGAGAGGAAGAAAAAAGCUGUGUUUAUUUUGGCGAAACAUCUACAUUCCUUCAAAUAAAUCAUCGCAGCACUUGUUUUUGUAUUUGCGGAGAAAUCGCAACAGACAUAACCAGGGACUUAGGAGACUUGAAAUAACAUCCUAGUAAAUAUCCCACUUUGUUAUUUUAAUCGAGACCCAAGGAAACAUCUGAAUUUUACCAAGGAAACCCUUCGUGCAAGGGAAAACAUUAGCUCGCAGCCCGGCCGGGGCUUUGUUUUGCUCGGGUGUCGGUCUCCCGAGGCGGAAUUACCGGCGCUGCCGGCGGCGCGGGGCAGCGCGGAGCCCGCGUCCCCGGGGCCGCCCCGCAGCGGGUCGCUUCGCGCUCCCCCGGCCGCUUCCGGCCCGGCCCCCUCGCCCGGUACCAGCCCCGCAGGGUCGUCCAUCAGCGGGGGGACAGUUCCUCUUCCUAAACAGUGGUGGGGUGUCCCUGUCCAAUAUGGGGUGAGGGUUCCGGUACAAAACGUGGGGUGGCGGUUCCUCCGUCCGAAACAGAGCCGAGGCUGCCCCGUCUCAAGUAUGGGAAAGGGGUCCCCCGCCCCAAUUCGUGGUGGAGGGUGACCUCCCCCCCGUUCCAGUACCGGCUGAAGGUUCCCCCUCCAAUAUGGGAUGGUGUGGGGGGGUUUCCCCUCUUCGAAAUAGGGGCCCUCUGCACAUAGAAGUCGCGGUGUCCUCCCUCCGACCGAGGACCGAAGACCGCCCUCCAAAGUAAGGGUAGGACACCUCAUCCCAAAAUAAGGCCGGGGUGACCCCCGCAGCACAGGGGCUGGGUGAUGGAGGUCUCCCCUCCAGAGUAGGGGUGCGGGUGCCACACCAGGGGCGCAGGUGCCCCCCACAACGCAGGGCCGGGGGCCAGGGGGGGGUCUCACCUGCAGACAGAGGCGGGGCGGGGCCGGAGCGCGGGCGGCGCCUCGGCGGGGGGGCGGAGGGCGGGCGGCCGGCAGGGGGCGCCUCGGCGGCGGCGGGCGGCGGCGGCGGCGGCAGCGGCGGCGGCGGCGGCGGCGUCGGGCGAAGACGAUGUUCAAAAGCGGGCGGGGAGCGGCGGCGGCAGCAGCACAGCGCCGAGCACCGGGGCCGCCGCCAUGCGCCUCUGCGCUGCCGCCGCCCUCUGCCUCUGCCUGCUGGGCGCCUGCCGCCUCCGCCGCGGGCUGGAGGCCGCCGCCGUGCGCGGCCCGUCGGCGGCCGCUCCCCAGCGACCCUCGGCAGCAGCCGCGCCUUCCUCCUCCUCCGCCUCCUCCUCCUCCUCCGCCGCCGCCUCCCCCUUCUCCUCCCCGCCGCGGAGGGACGGGGCUCUCCGCAACGGCACCGUGGUGCCGCACCACUACAUGGUGGCCCUCUACCAGCGCCUGGCCGCCCGCCGCGCACCCGCCGGCCGCCGCGCCGACACGGUGACGGGCUUCGCGGAGCGGGCGCGCAGCGAUGCUUCCCCAUAUGCCUACGAGCAGCGAUACCUCUUUGAUAUCUCCAGCCUGCCUGAGGCAGAGGAGGUGACGGGUGCGGAACUGCGGGUCCUGCGCGCCCUCCCUGAAAACCGGAGCUUGGCCCUGUCCCCUGAAGGCACCUUCCACCACCUCCUCCUCUCCACCUGCCCAAGCCGGGACGGCGAGGAGCCCCGGCUGCUGGACUCCAGGGCUGCAGACAUUUUGGACACGGGAUCCUCCAGAUGGGAGGUGUUUGAUGUCUGGGAAGCCCUGCGGGAUCGGAGGGAGAGAUCUCCCCCAGGCAAGCUGCUGUGCUUCUUGCUGAGGAUCAUUUCGGAUCAGUCGGGGCGGCUCCUGCCCCCCUGGCAGUUGGGGUUCAGCAAACCCCGGCCGCAGCCCCACGAGAGAGCCCUGCUUGUGGCCUUCUCCCGCACCCAGAGGAAGGAGAACCUCUUCAAGGAGAUACGGGAUAAGAUCAAGGCUCUGGGCAGCCCCCCCUUCCUGGAGCCUCCCGAUCCCGGCCAGGAGGUGUACCCCAAGCGGAGGAAGAGACGGACCACCAUCGCCGCCCGGUCUGGGGGCAGAGGCCAAGGGAAGAAGGCGAAGACCCGCUGCAGCAGGAAACCCUUGCACGUGAACUUCAAGGAGCUGGGCUGGGACGACUGGAUAAUUGCCCCCCUGGAUUACGAGGCGUAUCACUGCGAGGGGGUCUGCGACUUCCCCCUGCGCUCACACCUAGAGCCCACCAACCACGCCAUCAUCCAGACCCUGAUGAACUCCAUGGACCCGGAGUCCACCCCCCCCAGCUGCUGCGUGCCCUCCAAGCUCAGCCCCAUCAGCAUCCUCUACAUAGACUCCGGGAACAAUGUGGUUUACAAACAGUACGAGGACAUGGUCGUGGAGACGUGUGGCUGCAGGUAGCAAUUUCUGCAGCUUUCCCCCUCCCCACCCUGCCCUGCCCUGCCUAGCAGCCCUAUCCCAUUUUAUAUAUAUAAAUAUAAAUAUAUAUAUAUAUAAAAUAUAUAUAUACAUACACAUUUUGAUGUGUGCCUUUCCAAAAACCGAACUCGGAGCGGAUGUCCCCUGCCUUCCCAGUGCCGCCAUGGUCAUGAGCCCAGGAAUUGUGGGGGAUGCAACCCCAAGACAGUGAGGCUGUAGAUUGGCAUCCCCCCAGGGCCUCUCAAAGAAACAGCGACUCCCACCACCCACACUGGGAUUCCUGGGGCUCAGCUGGGGGUGAUGCAGUGCUGUGGGGGCCCAAGCUCCCUGCUCUGAGCUGCCUCCAUCUCCGUGCCUUGCUUGCUCCCCCCCAGGCAGGGGGGCACACAGCCUGGCAGAGCCCCCAGGGGAUGCCUGCUCAUCCUCCGAGCUCUGCCCGAUCCUUUGGUUUGCCCAAGCUGAGCAGACACCUUCUUUCCCAAAGGUUUUGGAAAAUGUCUGGCCAAAAUUGUCUCAGUGGGGGGGACAAGCUGGGGGUGGACUGAGCGGUGGCUGUGGCAGAGGGGUCAGGCCAGCACCACCCAGCAGUGGAGGGGAGGUGGCAGGGCACGCUCUUUUCUUUGAGUUAACGGAGUUUUUCUAGCUGCCUUCAAAUCUCUACCCUGGCACAAAAGAGGGAUCCCCGGGGCAAGGUUGGGGGUGGAAAACCUCUGGCCGCGAAAUCAUUUGACCCAGGCCUGUUUGCAGUGGGGAGAGAUUUGUGAAUCUGCUGUUGAGGACAGGAAAGGAGGUCCCAUAACUGGAGGCUAAAGUGAGAGUCAGAAGUUCAUGGUCUCAACAGAGAUGGGAAUGGCCCGGGGAAGGUGUUGGCUGGGGGUGGCUCCUUGUGGUCCAAAGCACUUCUACUGUAGCUGGUGUCCUGCAGGAGGUACUGGCUGGUGGGUCCCCCUCCCUUUCCCACACAAAACCCCAUUUCCAAGGCACACUGGGCACCCGGCAUCAGGCUCACGAGUCACACAGCUGUCCUCGCUGUGUCCAGAGAGAAGCAAAGGUCCUGAGUUCCCUGGGGAAGAGCCAUUUUGCUCGGGUUCUUCUUUUUCCAAAUAAUCUCUAUGAAAGCGCUAAGCCCUACCCUGCCCUCCUUUGGCACUGGUUUCCCAGCGAGCUCCAUCCCUUCCCAUAGCGUCUGCCACUCCCGUACCAUUAAGAGAGCUCAGAUCCACUGGGAAUGGACAUUUCCCACACAAACGGCUGAAUGCCACCUCUGAGAUGGCUCUGUGAGGUGCUUUGACCCAUGCUGAAAGGGCUGCAGAUUUUAGUAAAUCAGGAGCUGAGUAUAAAUUAUGCCUUAAAUCAGAGAAGCCUUGCGUCCAUGCCAAAACGUGUCUUGGAUUCUUGAAAGUGUUUCUGCUGCACCUUGGUGGCUUUUGGUACUGAAUUUCAGCUUCAUGGCUGGGUUGGUUUAAACCAGAGAUAUUUGCACAGACUUUGCUUUUGAUGGUUUUUUACUGACUGUCAAGGUGUUGGCGUGUAAACGUCAGUGCUCAUUAGUGCCGGUGGUUUACUUUUGGGGGAGAUAAAUCCUUGCUGGAAAACAUGUUUUGGUUUUUUUUCUAUAUAGGCAGUUGUCCUCCAUCGCAGGGAUGUUCUGCUAGGGAGCGCUGAGCUGAGCCAGGGCAGAUGGAGGGUCACCAUAAGGAGCUCUACUGCGAUCCAAAGUAUUCCAAAGGUUAGGAAAGCUUCAGUGAGAGCCCAGCAGUCCCCUUUCCCCAAUAAAAUGGUACAUCAGCAGGGAGUAAAGUAUGCACAUCAAUAACAGUGAUAUAUCCAUUGGGAUAAACCCCCCCAGCCUCCCUCCAUCCUUGGCCCAGUGAGGUCUGCUCUGCAUCCUCAGGCAGUGGCCAGUGGCAACUCAGGGGAGUGAGUGUGGUACCUGUAAGUCUCAUGUAGCCCCCUUGACACCCAUGGAGCUUUAUAUCUGCGUAUCCGACAGGAAAAUCCGUCUCCUUCCCUCAGAGUGAAUGUAAAUGUAUAUUAAGUGUGAUGUUCCCGUAGCCAGGGGGACAUUCAGAGAUGGAGGUUAUUGGGGUAGAAGAAGAAUCAGGUCCAUGCUGGUGGGUUUUCUUGCUCUCAGCAUUUGUGGGGGCUGAGGUGCAACUAGUGGGUGAGGAGGGGUUGGCAGGAGGGCUCCUGGCUUUUCUCUGGUGUUUGCCUUCAGUGCAGGUGGUUGGGGGAAGGAGACUGGCACGAGCAGCGCUGGAGCUGCUUGCUCUGGAAACACCACAUCAUUUAUAAAGUUACCCAGCUGUCAAAGUACCUAAUUUUUUAAUUGCUGUUGGUUGCUUGGUAGGUUUUCUCAGUGCUGAGACAGUUGUUUUUAAUGUUCUUGUUUCUUUUACCCCUUUCCCUUCCUCCAAAUUUUUGCGGUAGAGGUUUGUGGGCAGUUCAAAUCCAGGCAAGACACAUAUAGCUUCUGGCAGGCCCUGCUGGCCAGUGGCUCUUGUGAGCCUCCUCUGAGCUAGUGGCCUGAGACCUAAUCCUGUGGGACGUGUCCAAGGGGGUGCUGAUGCUCAUGACCCCUGAUUUUUGUGGCUCUUGUUCAGCCACAGCUGCAGGGAACAGACAGGUAGACAGACAGACAUCACCCACCUCAGGUCUGGAGGUGGCUGAUGGAGAGCACGGUAAUGGGUUGAGUCUCAUGGUGUUUUACCUGACCCCAGUGCUGGGGUGCUGUGCGCUGCUGGGGCUCUGCCCUGAACCCCAUGGUGGCUCCACUGACCCUGGGGAGAAAAGCUGUGGCUCAUUUGCUGCAGUUUUGUAGCCUGGGUUGCUACGAUAUCGCUCUCUACAAACUGACAGGAGGUUGUAGCAUGGAGAGUGUUAGCUGCUUCUCCCAAGUAGCAAGUGAUAAGAUGAGAAGAAAUGGCCUCAAGUUGCGCCAGGGCAGGUUUAGAUUGGAUAUUAAGAAAAAUUUCUUCCCGGAAAGGGUUGUCAGGCAUUGGAACAGGCUACAUAGGGAAGUGGUGGAGGCACCAUCCCUGGAGGUGUUUAAAAGACAGGUAGAUGAGCUUCUUAGGGACACAGUUUAGUGCUGGUGUUAGGUUAUGGUUGGACUCAAUGAUCUUGAAGGUCUCUUCCAACCAAAAUGACUCUAUGAUUCUAUGGUAAACGAGGAUGGGGAGGAUGUGUGGGGAGCACAGAGGCUGCUGUUGGCAGCGAUGCCAUCCAUGGUUUUGCUCACGUGGGAACCAGUCCUGGCUGCAGAUACCUCUCCCUAACAGGUAUAUUUGGUUGGAGAGCAAACUUCAGGCCCUGGGCUGAGCCCAGCGGUGGUGUGGCCCUUUGUGUUCACACCCAUGGUGACACCACCAUGCCAGCCACUCUUUUAGGAGAGCAUCUGUUCCUUUCCUGGGCAAACAAUCUCUGGAAGACAACAGGAGGGUGAAGGAUGGCGUUGGACCAUCUUUCUGCCUGCCCAAAGGGGUAGGAGAGGGCAGCUCCUUGCCUGGGGCUGCUCCAGGGGGGUGUGUGUCAGCAGGGGAGCGGGGAUGGGGCUCUUGGUGGGUAAUGUGCUGCUCCACCCUGGCCAAGCGGAUCGGCUGCAGCUUUUGACAGUCACAUCGCUCAUUGCUCCAGAAGUGUUUCCAGAGCAAAAGCCACCAGUCCUCCCUUUAUGAAUCUCUGUGUGCUGGCUGCAAGGGCUGCACAUCCAUCCCCAGGCGGAUGCAGAGACUGCACCCGAACAGUGGGAUUAGCCUUGUGCAAAUGGAAGUGCUGAGCACCCAGAAGGAUGCGAAAGCCUUUCCUGGGCAGGGAUGUUCCCAUGCCGAGGUGCUGCAGCCCUGACAUGUUGGGGAGCAAUGUAGGAAAUGUCUGUAAAGGGCACGAAGGAGUAAAUCCUGCCUUUGGAGGCAGGUCAGUGAGGCAUCAGCGGCAGGAUGGCAGUAGCCCAGCCCAUCACCCCAGCCCAAGAGCUGGUCCUCUGCAGAGCAUCACUCUCUAGCACCACAGAAAUGGUCCAGGAAAAAAGUAUUUCUGAUCAGUCACCUCUCGCCUGAGCUGAUUUUUGAGCACAUGUAAACAUUUUAAAUAGGAGACUAGGGGCUGAACAUGGACAAAUGUGAAUUCAGUAGACUCAGAGUGAUUUUAAUGGAUAAUUAUAGUUUCUCAUUCUGCGGUAUUUAUACAACCUUUACAGUUAAAAAAAAAAACCCACCACAGUUUCCAUGCAGAUUAUAUUCUCCUGGAGAAUUUGUUUGACCUUCAUCACCAUUUUUAUCUGCAGGAUAUAAUUACAGUGAAGCUAGAAAUAUGAAGCAUUUGAAAAGGACUAUGUUUCUACGCUUAGCUGGCUCCCUCCCCUCUUACAUGGAAAUGUAAUUGCGCAGGAGGAGGGAACUCAACAGUGCAACCCCGUUUUUUGCAUUUGACUUGGAAGCGCUUUGGCUGUGAUUCGGGGAGGGACCCCUGGUCGGGACAGGGCUGGUGUGUGUGCCUCGCCUUGGGGCUCCUUGAGCUCUAUAAAUCUAAAACCUGUGCUCGAGCCACUGCCUGCACUAUGUCCUGAAGCCCCCUGUCCCAUGAAGUCCCAUAGCAGGGACAGUCAGAAGCAAAAUGACUUUAUGCCCCGUUUAACUGCCUGAUAACCAGGGGUGCUUCUGGCCUCAAAAUAAUUCCCAGGAAACACAUAUUUUAUCCUUUUAAGGAAUAACUGUUUUUUAAUUCUCUUAAAAUAAUGGAAUUGUUUAAAAUCCACACCACCCCUCCCCCCCUUUUAAUUUUUUUUUUUACAUCAUACUUCACAUCCAGCGGUAGAAGGGGCAUGAGCAUCCUCUGCCAGGGAGAAGAAUGUUCAUUUGGAAAUAGCGUGAUCCAGGCUUGCAGCAGGGUCACCCUGGCAUAGCUGUGUUGGUCCCAGCAGCCUUACUUCUGGUCAGCACUGGCAGAUGGAGCCGUGUCCUCUUUGUCAGUUUGCUGAUGCUUGGUGUACCUAUACGGAAAAGACUGGAAAGGCACUGGAUCCAGUUAGAAGAAAACACCAAGGCUUGAGCCUUCUGCUCAGGUCUGAGUGCCAGCAACCUCUGUGUCUAUUUGCACCACAUGGAUUUUAGCUCACAUCUUGGUUAUAAAGCUCUCACUACUGGAGGAAACUGGCUAGGUCUGCAGUGAUUUAUUGGGUCACACUCCUGUUGUAAAACAAGCAGCUCCUUUUCCUGUUGGCAGUUUUGAGCCCUCAUUCCACAAACCUGAGAGUGUGUGUUUAAGGAGAGUCACCUGUGCUGGCCACCAUGUAGCAGCACACAGUCUCCAUCGCGGGGAAGACAUGAGAGAGGAUGGGGCAUCGCUUAGGAUGUCCUGGGGAUCUGAGUCCCAUGGGAUUGCAGCUGGGGAAGUGGAGUGAAGCACCUUGGGGUGCUGGUGGGAUGCCUUUGGCUUUGCUCUCCACACUUAACAGGUGUUUUGCCAUGAGCUUUGGCUUGAUGUGCUUGUUUGCAAUAGUAGUACCUGCAGUUAUUCACAUCAAAAAACACAGGAUGUAUAUUGAUGUGAUGGAUAUGUCAUAAAUACCAAUGCACCAACCAGCUCAUACUCACAUUGGAGUCCACCUGAUGGGAAAUGCCAUGGUUUCCUGACGAGUGUGUAGCGAGUCCAGAAAUAUGAGUGCCUUCUCUUUUGUCUGUGUUGGGGCAGCAUAGCCCCAACUGGGAGAAAAAAAACCCGCGUGGGGUGGCAGCAGUGGGAGUCUGAUUAUUGCACCGGUGCUGGUACCUGGAACAGGGCUGUGCUGCUGGAUUUGAAAGAUGGUCAGACUGAAAGGCUACCACACGGGCCUCGGCUGGGCGGUUCCACCAAAUGGCUUGCUGUGUCCCCUGUCCUGGGUGAAACCGGAGCUGUGGUGUGAAUUUUUCACUCUUCAUGUCACCCUCUGGGGAGGUGAGUAGGCAGGAAAAACCCACGUGGGCAAAACUGAGCUCUGGUCUUUGAGAGCCUUGUGGUUCUUUUCACUCGCCAUGACCAGCAGAAGGAGGGACCAUGUGUGUCCCACUGGUGUCAGAGCAGCAACCCAGCAUCGGGGAUCCCUACAGAUAUGUGGGGUCCAAAUGGGGAUGGGAGGUGGUGGGAGCAGAGUGUGGCAGUGUCGUCACCAUCAGGACUGUGUCCUCCACAAAAAACAUGUCAGGGAGAAGAGUGGGGAGUCUGUCCAAUGGAUGGGGUGUUGCUGAUGGUCAGGAGCCUGUGACCUUGCAUAGGGGAGGGAGAAUUUUUCUCCACCUACUGUCUUUGAAUCCAUGACUGCUAAAAGAGUGAUGUGUUCCACCAGGCUGGUCUCUGUAACACUUUGAAUUUUGUUGUAAGCUGUUUUAUGUCUUCCAUGGCAAAAACAGCUGCAUUCAUGCUCUGUAUUCUUCAUACAGCGUGUUGUGAGAUACAUAGAGGUGCAGAAACGUCUCUAAAAAUCAGUUCUGCCCUAUCAACAAGUGCUCUGGACCUUUGAAAAAUGACCAAAAUUUGGAGCUCCCACUAGCGCAACCCGCUGACCAAGGUCACCACCCUACAUCUUGAAGGAAGUUUGCAGCAUUGCACCUCAAAGCCUGUGUAGUCCAUGUGGCUGAUUUUUCCUUUUACUGGCACUGGUAUUCGAGCAGCCCCCUGAAUUCACCGUUUUGGAGAGGAGCCUGGUGUACGUAGCGCUGGGAAGGGGCACAGCGGCAGGAUGGCUGAUGCACCGUGCUUAACUUUUGGCUGAGCAGAUGAGAGUAGGAAGCGUUGGGCAGCAGAGGGUUUUCAUGUGGAUUGGUAUUGAAAGAUUCUAAACCAAAGUUUGACCCAUUCCCAGGAAUGGCUGGAAAUGAAACCCAGCCAUUUUUCAGCAGGUUUUCCUGGUCAUUUUUUCUGUCGUCAUGACUUAUGAGUUCUUUUGGACAUUUUGUGAGCUCAUUUUUCUACUUCGAUACUUGUGCUCGUGCCUAAGGUUUUCAGGAUGAGGAGUGUGGAGACUCGCUGUGGUAUUCGGAGGGUGAAGAAGGACAGUUGAGUGUCAACAGCAUGCAGCUGGGGCACAGUCAGUGCCCUCGAGCAGGGGACGGGACUGGCUGGGUUGAAGCCGAUGGGAGGAGAGGACCCACUCAUGGUGGGUCACACGCUCAAGAGUUUUCCUGGUGGAAGGUGACAGUGUUUGGGUCUCCCGUCCACUUUGCUGUGGUGUCAACCUGUGCUGGUGCCACCCAGGUCUCUACCAGUAGAAGAAUAAUGAGACCGAGAUGCUGGGUCCAACCUGGCAUCCCUGGGAGCUGUGGUGUUGGCUUUGGUCCUGGUCUUUGGGGAGAUGGUAGUGUUCCCCAUGGUGUUUCAUUCGUUUUAUCCAUCCUGCCUUGAUGAAGGGAGAAGGAGUGGAGUAGGAGGGAAGAAACAAGAGCAAAAAUUCAGGGGUCCCUCACUCCCAAACUGGUCAUCCCGGGUAGCUGCAUGCCAGCCAAAGGGCUCACAGGAGCUCAAGCAUCAUCAUCAGAUAAUGAAAUAUAAUAACAUCCACAGGCUGGAAAAAGAGACAGUCACACAAGGAGGGACUAGGCUUUAAUUCUUGAAGAGGUGCCAAAGUUAAAUGGUUAUAUAGUUGGUGAUGAGCUGGGGAUGGGGCACUUUGCAUGGGCAGCUUGUCCCCGCCUUGGCCAGGGAAGGGGGGGUGAUCACAUUGUUUACAUUCACCCCAUGUACUGUGAGUAAUUAACUUUUUAAAUAGUGCUGAAAAGGAAGAGUCUGAGUUUCUGAGGUGCUGAGCAUCCAGCGUUCCCACGCACUUCAGUCGAAGCCACGUUCGUGUGCUGCCUUUGCAAAUCAAGCUCUUGCAACCUGAGGAAUAUUUAGGGGCUUUUCCCACCUGGGGUCACCGGCUCCAUCUCGUGCUGCGGCUUCUUUGCUGGAUAAGCUGGUGGAGAUGCCGCUCGCGAGAACUGAACCCGUGUCUGCGCGGGAAGGACCUGCUCCACUCUCCAUGCGGGCAGGAGCAGCCUCAGCCCUGCUUGUCGAUCCGUUUUGCUAAAUCACUACACAUCCCAUCACCGCCUGCUCGUUUGCAGAAGUCAUCACUAUCUGGAGCUCCUUUGACAAAAUGAGCCUCUCUGCUGGUCAGUCGCGGGUUUAUUUAUAUGUUCUUUUCUUUGAUUAGAAAGGAAAAUAGCAAAAAAGAUCAUAAAGGACUUGCAUUUCCAAUAGCCGUAUCUCUAGUAGUUAUGAUUUUUGAAGCAAUACUUGUAUCCCUGUGUGUGCCUCUAAACUAUCCAUGUAUUUGUUCAGCUUUUUCAGGUCUGAGUGUGUGAAAUAUCUCUAAAGAAGAUAGCUCUGUAAGUGAUGGUGUAAAUGCAUUGUUUGUAUGUAUUCUAAAGUUUAAAUAGAUUGUACAUAUGAGAUUGUAAAUGAACUGUAAACAGCAAUCUAUAUUUUCUUGAAUAUAUUAUAUAGCAGUAUAUAUUUGUUAAAUAAGUAUUCUUGUAUGCUCUUCAAUAACCUUUUUAAUAUUUUGUACAGAUAAGUUUAUUAAAUAUUUUAUUGAUAAA